AACAACAAAAUAAAUAGCAGCUGGCAGUGCGCGUGAGGAGAGGGGAGCGGGUUCGCGUUCGUUUGCUAUGGCUAAUCAGGGUGGAUGCGACGGCCCGGAUGCUUCAGAGGUGGAGCCGGUGGGCAAGACCGCCGGCGAGACUUCCUCCCGAUCACUCAGCUCAGGUGGAGGAGAGAUGGCGGAGAAAGAGGAAGAGCAACCUUCGGGAGUCCGACACCCUGCAGACAAUUAUCCGCUGUGUCGUUUAUCAAAGCUGAUUAACUGGAAAAGACCAUUAUGGACUUCCGCUUUCUUCGUAACUACAAAUAUAGCGUUUUGGUUUGUUUCCCUCAGUCCCUGUCGAGUGUUCAGCCUCAUCUGCAUGUGUGUAGCUCUCUUAGUGAUUAUACAGCUAAUGAGAGAUGUGGCUCUUUCCAGAUCAAGAGGAGCUGCUCUAUGGAAGAGUAUGACGAGCAGCUGGGAGGUCAUUGAUUCUGCCCAGGAGGGCAAGUCAGGACCAGGAUCUCCAUUCACAGACUUCUGGACAAGCCUUAAGCUAUUCAUUGAGGAGACUUCCUCUUUUAAACAGCAGAAUCCAGGCAAGUUCUGUCUUCUGGUGUGCAGUAUGUGUUCUUUUCUGGCAAUACUUGGACGUUACAUUCCAGGGGUUGUUAUUUCAUACAUCUUAGUGCUGGGCAUUUUUCUCUGGCCUUUGGUGUCGUCACAUGAGUUUGGGAUGUGGUUGGAACCAGUUCUGCAGAAACUGGACUUUGGAGUGGGCGAGUUUAUUCAGAAAAUUAAAGAGAAUCAUGAGAAAAGGAUACUCCAGUCAGAAGCCGAAAGAGAGAGCAUUGAAGCAGAUCUGUCUGCACUUUUUCCCAAGAUGGACUCCACUGUGUGCAAAGAGCUGUCUAUAUCAGACACAGAGGUUUCUGAAGUAACGUGGACAGACAAUGGCACCUUUAACCUUUCAGAGGGAAACACACCUCAGACAGAGAACUCUGAGGGGGACGAGGAGGUCUUCACCGGUGGACUACCAGAGUUUCCCUCCCUGGACAAUGGCUUGGUGACAAACGGAGAGGACAGUGAAGACCUGAGCAUUGGGAUGCCCACCCUUCCAGCCCAUCCCAGCAGAGCCGGGUCCACACAGUCAGAGGUGGAACCUGCGGUCCAGGCCUUGGAGGUUGUGCAGAGGCUGGCUGGAGACGUAAUUACGGCAGCAGUCACCGCGGCCAUGCAGGAACGCCUGGAGGCGGCGGUAGCGCCUGCGCUGGUCCAGGCCCUGGACGAGGAAUCAGACAGCGAGGCGGAGGACUUUGAGUUGUUGGACCAAUCAGAGCUGGAACAGCUGGAGGGCGAGCUGGGGCUGGACCGGGCGAGCCGUGCAGAUCCGUCUAAAUCUAGCAAACCUUCUUCAGGCUUUCUGUCCAAACUACUGGGGCGCCACUGAUCUUAUUCAGAGGGGCGUCCGCUUCCCUCUGUGAUGGGAUGUGGGUGGGAGGAUAAAUGUCGGGUUUACAGGGCAAGGUCCAGAGUAAUGAAGGUAUUCCAUUGUUUUACUUUGCCGGUGUGAUUCGGUUGUUUUGCUAUAAAAACAAAGUCAAUCUUUGGAAGGGAGGUUAAUUGUGGAUUUUGACGGGGAAUGUGAUAGUGGCUGGUUUUGGCGUAGCUCCAUCUCAGAGGGUCAUUGGAGGAAAUAAUUUUCACAAUGUUUCCUGUAACCUCCAACCCGCCAAUGACCAGAGGGUUAUGGACCAGAGUAUUGUCAUUAGUUUAGCUGUUAAAGGGCUGGUAGAUGCAGGAUACUCCAUAUUUUGCUGCCAAAUAUUUUUCUCUAUUCAACUUCACAUCAGUUCUCCCUUAAAAAAAAAAAAAAAAGAAGCUUAAUGGCCAAAGAGAAAGGGCCUCCCACUAACUGACAAUCAGGACAGCACUUAAGCAAACAGAAACAUCUUCUAAUAAUAAUGAAGUACACAUGUGGUGAAUAUGUAUUUUUAUUCAAAAUAUUUUGUUUUCUAAUCUUUUUUUUUUUUUGUAUUUUUUCAUGAAGGAUUUUUGAAAAGCCGGUGGUCUUAGUGUAAACCUUUGCAUGGAUAGUCAUGUUUGUUUCUAUUUGCACCUUCCUUUAGAGUGAACCAACUAGGAACUAGAGCACAUAGACACCAAAGUUGAACAGAUUAUGUUUUAUAUUCAUAUAAAUAUUCAUCAAAUAGUGCUUAAAGUGAUGGUUUACCUAAAAAUAAAUAUUCUGUCAUCAGUGGUGUUUAACCCUUGUGCGUCAAUUAAAAAAAGUUACACGUAGGUCCAUAGUGGACAAAAAUGUCCGUGUCAAAUCCAUAAAUCAAAGCCAUAAAUCUAAACAAGCUGUGUUCCAAAUUUGAGGUUGAUAUCUCAAAAAAUUAGCUUUCAGUAAGAUUUUGUUUGGGUGCAGUACCAAAUUUUCCCCAUUAGAUGCCAGCAAAACUCCAUUGGUAUACACAGUAGAGUUUUUCUCUUUCAAAUAUUACAAGCACACACACACACAAUUUUUUUAUUACACACAUACAAACCACACUGUCAUAUCCUUACCAACACACCCACACAAUUAUAGCUGCAUAAUUUAUCCAAAUGGCUCUAUAAUAUGCAUAAGCAUAAAACAAGAAUAAAGUGAGUAUUUGCUUUAUAGGCCAAACCUGAGCAAAUGGCACCAUCUGGUGAAAAAUAGUAAAAAUUUAAAUUUUGAAGCCUUGCCAUCUAAAUGAAAGCCUAUUAACAAAAAUUACAACAUUUUAUAGUUAAAUAGCCCUGGGAUUAGAAAUUGCAAUGGGGACAUUUUUAUUCAAAAGGUCCUGAGAGGAACUAUUUUGUGUACAAAUAGAUUUUUUAAAUGAAAUGGGGGUGAAAUAGUAAAAUUCCAAUAAAAAUACACUCCUGUGCCAAAAUUUAUGUAGUUGGCACAAGGUUAAUUUUGCUUUGGACCCCACUGACUUUCAUUUUAUAGAUAAAAUCAAUUGAAACAUCUCCAAAAUGUAUUCUUUUGUGUUCCACAAAAAUUCACACAAGUUUGGAAUGACAUGAGGGUGAGUAAGUAAUGCUCAUUUUUGGGUAAUCUUUCUCUUUAACAUACACAAAUAACCUUAAUAUUCAUUUUCAGUAAAAAGUAACAUGGAAAAUGUAUUUAAUCCCUAAAAACAAUGUAGAGACAAGACAAUUGCACUUUUAGUCAAUCACAUGAAUCAGAAUGUCUCUUUGGGGGAUCAUUAUUUGCUUUCUGUGAGAAAGUAGUCUGUUAUCAAUUUACCUAUUAUUCAUAAUUGCCUUUUCAUCAAUGUAAGUACAGUGGCACAUAUAGCCAAGACUGUUUCUGUUCACAGUGUGGUGCUUGGUGUGUAUCUAAAUUUAGUGUUUCUAACAAACUACUGAUGUAUUAUGAAUUUUGUUUUGAGAUGUAUCAACCGCUUUCUAUAAUAACGUAGCUGAAUAUGAAUUUCUGCCACUCACUAUGACUGCUAUCCAAAAUUGAUUCUAAUCAGGUGUCAGUUUGAUCAUUUUUUUUAUUUAAAAAUAUUAUUUAUUCCUAUAUAUCUCUCUUAUUAGAUAGCUGCCACGCACAUAUGGUCGACUUAUAUGCCUGUGCAAGUUUGUCUGUCAGAGCGGAAGAAAAAUAAUCAAAAUAUAGUUAUAAACAAUCUCAAGAAUGUAAUUAAAACCAUAUGAUUCAAA